UAAUAAUUGCAUCAGCACCUUAGCACCUGAGCAGACAAUUUGUUUUUGUGCCCAUGGACAUGCAUAUGAUUCAUACUGCUAGCAGAUGGACUGGGGGAAUGGUUUUCCUCAUUAAUUUAAUAAACAAAUUGCAUGUGCUGGCAAUGUAAGGUUCUGUACUUACGUAAAUAUAUUUAGGGAGGGCAGGAAAUCUGUUUUGUUUGAAACAUGUUUACUGGAGUGACAUUCGCGUGUUCUUGCAGCAACAUCCAUGAAGUGUGGACCCAUGCAUGACGUAGCAGCUGAAGUGGACGACAAAAGCGGCGCCUGUUGAUUAACAAGUCAACUAUACAACAUCCAGAAGGAAGGCUAAUCUGAGGAGACGGAGAUGUUCAGAUCUCACCGUUGCCAAUCAUUUGUCACGAACAAUUUGAAGAGAUAUUGAACUGUCUUGGAAUACAACUCUUACAUCACAUUAUUUUAGAAUAUCUCUGUACUGUGUUCAUCGGAUAUGGAAGUUCAGAUGUGAAUUCAAAACAGAAUUACAGCAUAAACAGUCAACUUUUGUGUUAAAUGUUUCAUUCAUUAUACAAAUGACAUUUUGGGCACCACUGCACUUAAUUAACUGAAACUUUGGCAUUAAGUGUUGUGCUGAAGGACGAAUUUCUCAACAAUGUAGAACAAGAGAAACAAGUCACUUUCAGCGUAGAUUUAGAUAUUUUAUUCUGUAGCUAAAAUAUUGGAAAGAAGAGGUUAUUUUUGUUUCGCUUUCAACUAUAUGUGACAUCUGCUUGACGUAUAGCAAGUGAAGUGCCACUGCAAUCAGCUAAGAAAGCCACAGAAACGGAUUUGAAGCAACAACUCUAAACAUCGGAGAGUGAAGAGAACAUAUCUGUUAUACGUGGAGAUUCAGUGUUACCUUCCGUCUGUCUAAGAGCUUGUUUACUGAAGUGAUAUAAAACUGAAUUUUGUCAAUAGUUGGGUAUCUGUUUGAAUCCUAUAUCAGCUGUUGUGCAGGCCCUUGGAAACACAAAAUAAAUGGCCAUUGAAACAACAGACAACAGACAGAACUGUGAAAUAAAACUUUGAAACAAAGGACAGAUAAUCGUGAUGGACUUUAUUCGGGAUAUAAGAAUGACUAUAAUGGGGCCUAUUACAUAAAGAACAGACUAAAGAAUUUGAGAGCGCUUUGUUGAUAUUAAGAGAAAUAUUAUUAAAAUAUUAUAGUUGGAUAAGAUGAGUUUCUUUAACUCUUUGCAACAGUAUGUGACUAGCAGUGUUGCCAACUUAAAUUUAAGCCCAAAACGUUUCUCCCUGAGCCGUGAUUCUUCUGGAGAAGGAAGUACAGAUGGAACCGGAAGUCAUCCUCCGUUAACUCCAGGACCAACCGGAAGUUCAAGCGGCACAGUGACCAGUGGUAGGAGUGCAUCCGCUGGUAAUGUGAUAGUAAGUCCAGCGGCACAUACGGGUCCAAGCGGGCUGCAUGGCUUCCCCAAAGUGGUGCCACCUCCCGGCACGGUUACUCCUCCACACAGCCGUUCUCUGUCGACUCGGCGCCGCACACUGGAGUGCCCACCGCCUCCUGGACUUGUGCUACCACCCGGGACAAGUCCUCCACGACGACUUGGUUCCUUCAGGAAGACAAGCCAGCAACAGCAGCAGCAAGCAACAACUCCAGUGUCUGCAGCCAUGUCCAGACAACCACUCAUGUUCUGUCGCAGGAGACAGUCUUGGCCCGAGAUCGACCAACAGGCAACAUCAGGGGUUCAAGAAACGGAUGGCUCGUUCUUCGAGAGCUUCACGGCGCUGUCAUGGAAACGAGAGAACAGGCGGCUGAUGGCGAUGCAGGAGGUAGAGGGCAGAGCGGAAGACCCGCCUCCUAGCGAACUGUCCGUAGGAAUCAAACCUGUAGAAUGCAGGAUACACAAGAAAGAGAUUGAGCAGUUGUAUGUGGAGGUGUUGUACACUAUCACCAACAAAGUGGGCGCCUCUACCGGCCAGUACUCGCACUACAAGGAAGACCUGUACUGUUACGCCCAGGAAGCAUUCGGCAUUCCUGCCGAUCUUCACCGGAAGUUCAUGGCAAUCGCUAGUGAAGAAAAGCCUCCCAUUGUUGUCCUGAACGUGAUUGUGCUGGAAGCCGAGGGGUUGGAAGCCAAGGAUCCCAACGGUAAGCCAGGUUUCAGUGAUCCAUACUGCAUGCUGGGAAUUCAACCUGGCACUGUGGCCUCACCCUCACCUCAGGCCCCAUCGUCAUCAGCGUCCGGCGGGCCACAGAGAGAAACCCCUCCAGGGUCACCUAGGAACGCGGCAGCUGGCUCGGGAUCUGCUCGCGCCAUGUCCGACAGCGGAGUUGAGCCGGAGUCAGGCAACAAGCACGACUCACCACAUGAGAAGCUGAGGAAACACCACAGUUUCCGGCUGAGCUUCAAACGGAAGGAACACGGCAGUUACCGUGGCGACAGAAGGGAGCAUCGCGACAGUCUGUCAGCGGCUGUUCCCGCCAAGUUUAUCCGCGCCACGACGGUGAAGCCACAGACACUCAACCCACGCUGGAACGAGAAGUUCCGAUUUGAUAUCGAUGAUGUUGCCAGCGAUAUUCUUCACUUGGAUAUUUGGGACCACGAUGACGAAUCGUCGGUGUUUGACGCCGUCAGUAAGCUGAACGAGGUGCGGGGAGUGAAGGGAUUGGGGCGGUUCUUCAAACAGAUUGCCCAGAGCGCUCGAUCAGGCAGUCAGGACGACUUCCUGGGCUGUGUGAACGUUCCUCUACAGGAUAUUCCAUCAACUGGACUUGACUGCUGGUACCAACUAGAGGCUCGAACCCAGCGCUCUAACGUACAAGGUCGGAUACGACUCAAAUUAUGGUUGUCUACUCGGGAGGACAGAGGGAAUUCCGAGGAGGACAAUUGGUCCGAGAUCCGACAACAAGAACGCCUGCACACCAUUUUUAUCUCCUAUGAAGUGGAUCACGCCUCGAGCCCAUCGUGGGAGUGGAGCGGCGAGUUGCCUCACGUAGCGCUCACCAUCCUGCACCAGCACGCCAUCCAGGGAGACGUAACGGAACUGCAGCUAGCCAUGGUGCGCUGGAUCGCAUACUCGAAGAAGGCGUUGGAACUGCCACUGGACUACAGGAUUCUCUUCAGGCUCCUGCAGGAACUGGACCAGCAGUGGAACACACUGACCCUCACAAAGGAAGAAGAAGAGUACCUCGCCGAGUCCUUCAACAUGUUCCUGGAUCACUCGCUGCAGCUGCUGAGAAAGCAUCGCCAACUGUUCCUGCCCCACAACAGGGUCGCCAUGUGCCGUCUGGAGUAUCUGCUCAGGUGCUUGGGUUUGAUGUCAACGAUGAAAGCAUUUUGGAAGUGUUGCCCCUUCAACAAGGAAAUCAGAGGAGAGAUUAUCAUGGCGCUGAAAAAGGGAACGCUGGAAUGGUAUGAAGAAAUCCACAGUGGGCAGCACUUGUCAGUGUCGAGGAACUGUGAUGUGGUAAUCCAAGGACUUAUUCACCUCAUCACUCUCCUAUUGGUUGAUCUGCAGAAAGGACUGGAUUAUUACAACACUCUGUUUGAAACGACAAAUGGUGUUCCUUAUUUUAGUGUUAUAUACAAGCAGUUGGAGAAGAUGUUGGCGGAAGAUGUGGGCAAAGAGCUGGAAUUUUUUGAGAUUGAUGGAGACAUUGGACCACAGGUGACAGCUCUCUGCAUUCAAAUGCAGUCAAUGGAUCUUGGGGCUAUGGUAGAAGAUGUGACCCUCCCUCAAGAAGCUGAAGUGGCAACACCCAUUUUUGAGUUGUAUCUUGCCAUGCAAGAAAUGGUCAGUUUCCGGGAACACUUGCCAGUUCCAGACCAGAAGGCGCUUGCUAUCAACCUCUACUAUGAAUGGUUUGAACCAGCUGUUGAUAGGUGGCUAGAUGUGGCCAAGUUCAAGGCUGUUCACCGCAUUCACAAGGCAGCAGAGCUCAACAGGGUGUGUACAGGUGACCUGAUUGUAAAACACAGCACUCUGGCUGUUGAUGCUACAGCUUGUUUCCACCAGAUCAAAGAGUUCUGGAGGCAGCUGGCCUGGCCUGACCUUGUUGGCUCCUACAAUUUUGUGCUGAAGAUUAUUGAUUGUAUUACCAGUGCUGCUGUGUAUUAUGCAGACCUGACUCACCAGAAGCUGCAGGACUCUGGAUACUAUGAGGACACAGCACCAUUCAAAAUCAGUGAUGAGAUGUGCGUGACAGUGAAUGACUUGGAGUACGUGCGCCGCUCGUUGUCGGUUCUGGGAGCUGAGCUGCACGUGGAGACUGUUUUGGAGGCAGUGGAAGCGGCAAUUGGGGAUGCAGGCAGACAGCAGUGGAGGCAGGCUCUAUAUGCCAUGCUAGAGGGUGCCAUCAACCAGCUAGAAGCAAGAGCACUUCAGGUUAUCAACAAGGUGGCUGCUAAGAUGAGACCUGCGCUUAAGAAAGCGAUGUUCCAUCUGGCAUGGUCACCUGAUUCUCUACCAACACCUGAUGCGAUCUCCCCCUUGUUGGAAUACCUUGAUGCACAUUUAGUCAACCUUAAUGCUGCCCUCCUGCCUCGCAAUUUUGAACGAGUCCUUGCUGAUGUAUGGGAUGUCUCGUUGCUUGAACUGGGGCAGCAAAUGGAUGGGAAUGCUGGGGAGAAAAUGUCAAUGUUCUACGAACGUUUGUAUGAGGCCCUGGAGAUUCUAGUGGACUUCUUUCAUGCUGAUCAGAAGGGCUUGUCAAUGGAGUCCCUAAAGACAGUGACGUACUGGAGCGUGGAGCAGAGAUUGCAGUAUCAUAAGACUGAUACAGAACAUCUCAUAUCACUGUACUAUCAACAGCGUCUUCAGGAUCAGCUCAGUACAGAAGUUACAGAGUAUGGGGUUCUCUCAGUCCGGGCAUACUUCAACCAUGACUCUUUGUGUGUCGAGGUUCUCAAUGCAAGGGAUGUUAUUCCUUUGGAUCCCAAUGGUUUUAGUGACCCUUUUGUGAUCAUUGAGCUGUUACCAAGGAAAGUCUUUCCACAUUGUUCUGAACAGCGAACUAAUGUGCAGAAGAAAACAUUGAAUCCGAUGUUUGAUGAGUGUUUUGAAUUUUCAGUGACGUCAGAACAAUGUAAGUCCGAUGGAGCAAUGAUCCUAUUCACAGUGAUGGACCAUGAUGUUCUGACAGCCAAUGACUUUGCUGGUGAGGCAUUUCUGUCACUUCACAACAUCCCAGGUGUCGAUGACAACAAUACAAGCAUAGACAAUUUUCAUGGCCUGAAAACAGUGGACCUUUGUCUCAUGCACCAGAAAAACAGGAAUCAUCCAAUUCUUCAAACUUUGGAGACUCGUACUGGUGAUAAGAUGGCUCAAGAUUUUGUGAAGAAACAGAAGUUACGAAUUAGCAACUCAUAGUGACAACACUUCAUUUAUAUAUGUACAUGUGCUGGUAUCCUUGGACUGCAGCUCCAUGGAAUCUUUCUGACUGGAUUAGUAAGGAUGCCAAUAAGCACCCUAUAUGUCUGUCCUGGGACAUUGGUCCAAACCUCUCAGUCUUCAAAACAAUCAUGUUAUUUUUCUCAAGCAUCAAAUUAGAAUGCAAAUUCAUAUAUAGUAUUAUAUAAUAGCAUUUUAUGAGAGUGCAUGAAAACUUGAAUCUGAAGUCCAUUUAUUCAAGUUAUUUGCCUUCAAAUGUUUGUCAAUUUGCAGUUUGAUGUGUUAGCGCCAAAAUAUCAAUGUAGCACGUAAAAGGAGAGGUUGAAUAUCUCUGGAUAAAAUUUAUAAUAUUUUUCAUUUCAUACUUUUAUUGUAAUAUAGCUACUAAAUCGUGAUAUAAAGAAACUGGUAUGUCUUUUGAUGAUAUGUGUAUUACAAAAAUGCAGUCAUAGAGGUUAUUUAUACUUCAAGCUAAAAGUAAUUUGCUCUACAUAUUUUGGUACAGAAUAAAAACCAUAUUGAUUAAACCCUUGUGUACAACUUAAAGGAAGUGAAGUUUCCUUGUGCAUAAGGCAUAUAGAAGGUAGUUGAAGUUUACACUAGAUAGAAUUAUCAGCUUCAUGCUCUGGCCACAUAUCCCUAGUGAAUGAGCCUCCAGUACCCACUGGAGAGUAAAUGGGGUAGUAUAGACAUGGUGGCAAACAGGGAAAUCCUUACUACUUUUGAGAAUUGAACCCCAGUUGUCCAGACAAUUUGAAGUUUAUGAGGUGGUCAUCAUUAAUAUUGUGGUCUUCUAUUUUGUGAUAGUGUUUAGUUUGGUAAGUGAGUACCAAUAUUUUACUGCCUCUAUCAUCUGGGUAAAAGAUGGAGAAAGUUGUUAUAGGCAAGGGAUCUAGUGCAGUUUCAUUCAACAGAAGGGAGAUUCAGGAUGAGAUGGAAGGCAUUUGACUUUAUGAAACAUCGGUACUUAGCUGUCAGGCUACAUGAUGUCAUAACCCAGAAGUCCAGAAUAUGAAACUGGCCCAUAUGAGUACUAACAUCGAGAACUUCAUUAACCCCAAGCAUCCAGACCCCCACUGGGUCCAUUGCAUUCCCCCGGAAUUCUUUGGGCUCUUAAGGAGCCUCAAACUUUGCUAGAUCCAAACCCCUCUAUACUGAUCCCCUCUUAAUAUCCAUGAGCCCUAUCCAUGAAGUCAGAGAUCUUAGAUUUAUUCCCAACUUGGUCAUUGACAUAAUGCUCUGUUCUCUUGGACUGCUGGCAACAGGCUGUUCCAACCACAACGUGAAGGGAGAGCAAUCCAGACCUUAAGUGAUAACUUUAUUUUUCUGCAAAAUCAUAGCUCAUGAGUGGCCUCAGAAUUAUGUUUCAAUGACCAACAGGGUGGUCAUUCUAUGAGUCAGUAUGAGUGGGUAGCUUUUUGGCCUUCCACUACAAUUGCUAGUCAUGCUCGUUUGUACACAAGAGGUUAAUGAUAACUGAAGACAGAGCUGAAGAUAAUAUUGUCAAAUGUCUACAUAUAGAAUUCUCUCUCACAUCAACAUUGAUGGAUUUAUAUAUUUCUGUACUUGACAUGAUAGAAAUGGAAACAAACAGGAAGAUGUUGGAUUUGAGCCUCUCAUAGCCAUUGCUAUGAGGAAUGCUGUAUUCUGGGAACUUGUGCCGUGUAGACCAGUACAAGUUCAUGAACAUUUCUGAGGAAUAUUACUUCCUCCAUUUUCAGGGUCAAAGAAUAAGCUGAGCAAGCCUAUGUCUGGCUAAUUGCUUGCUUGGCUUGCUCUUUGACCCUGAAAAUGGAAGCAGUAUACUUAACAUCUUCUAUUUGCAUUUGUUAACCAUUUUCUCAUAUUAUGACUUAAGAAUUUUAUUAAUAGUAUUCUACUCUUAUUACUUUUUUGUUUAUUUCAGUAAGAAAUGUUCAUGUUAUAACAAAAUGCAAUGAUAAUUGGUAUAGAUGAUCUCCCCACAUUUAACCUAGCACAUUGACCAUAGUUUGCUCCUGAUGUCUUAUAAAAUUACUGAUUGUUCCAUUUCUGUCACACUCUUCUUAAAGAAUGACCCAGCAGUAUGAUGUUCAGCAUAGCAAAAGAGGAUAUGAAGAUUUAUCUUUCCACCUUCAGCUAUUUACUGUUUUCCUUCUUCAAUAACAACUUGAACAUUACUUUUUAAAUGCUUAUUCAGUGUUGCCAUUGUACAUUUAAAAAUAAAAAUGUUACUUUAAAUUACCCUGUUACUUCAAGGUAUGGUGUAUGCAAGUAAUAUUGGUACAAUAUCUAAUUUAUAUCAGUUGUCCAGUUGUAUCUUUCUUGAAUGCUUGUUGAAUGGCAUAACUUUCUCACUGCAGAUAUUUACAAGUUUUUUGGGAUGUUGUUUGUUUGUGUCCAAGAUGGUUCUUUAUAUUUAAAUUAACCUUUUUACUGCAUAAGAUUCGAGAUUCUCAUGGCAGUGACUAUGAAGACUGCUGUAUUUUUGUGAUGUCAGGCCAUGUACUUUGGCUUCUCGUCUGUCCUGAAAGUGAAGGCAUCAGGUUCCUCC